AUGUGCUGCUGGUCCACGGCGAGAAGAAGGAGCUGCUGCGGCUGCAGCAAAAGCUGGCAGCAGAAAACCCCUCCCUCUCUGUCUUCGCUCCCGAGAUGCUGCAGGCAGUCCGCCUCACCUUCAGGCGCCCUCCCGCUGCUGUUGCUCUCGGCGCAGCAGCAGACAAGCUGCAGCAGCAGCAGCAGCAGCAGCAGCAGCAGCAGCAGCGGGAGCUCGUCCGCAAAACGCGCGAAAAAACGGACGCCGCAAACCCCCUGCAGCAGCAGCAGCAGCAGCAGCAGCAGCAACAGCAGCAGCAGCAGCAACAGCCAGGAUAAAGACUGCUGCGACACCUGCGGGUUCAUUGUCGCAGGCUGCGUCUUCGUGCGGCGCGCAACUGUUGCUGCUGAAGCAGCAGCAGCAGCAGCAGCAGCAUCAGCAGCAGCAAAAGCAAAAGCAGCAGCAGACAAGGGAGAAGCAGCAGGAGCAGUAACAGCAACAGCAGCAGCAGCAACAGCAACAGAAGCAGGAAAAACAGCAGCAACAGAUACAGCAGUAGCAGCAGAACCAACUGCCCCUGCUGCUGCUGCUGCUCCUGCUGCUGCUCCUGCUGCUGCUGCUGUUGAAGUUUGCUGGGAGUCUAGCCCCAGCACCGACUUAGUCGCGGACUCAGUUUUAUUUCUGUCUUGCGAUUUGCUGCGGCUGCAGCUGCCCAGCUACAGGCCUCCAGCAGCACAGCCCUGCAGCAGCAGCAACAGCAGCAGCAGCAGCAGCAGCAGCAGCGUGGGCGAGGAGAAUGAGUCGCAGCAGCUGGUGCUGCUGCAGGUCGUGCAGCAGCACCUCAUGGAGCAGUUCGGGCCCGUCAAAAUAUGCAGGAGACGCAAAGGCAAAGCAGCAGCAGCAGCAGCAGCAGCAGCAGCAGCAGCAGCAGAAGAUGAGGCUGAGCUAUAUGAAGAAGUGCCUCUUGCUGCUGCUGCAGCAGACGGCGGGGAAAUGGAUUUGUGUCUUGUCUUUAAUGCGACGCCCGAAAAGGCACCAGCAGCAGCAGCAGCAGCAGCAGCAGCAUCCUCUUCUGCUGCUGCUGCUGCUGCAGACACUGGCAGCAUGAAAGUCAAAGCGGAAGCAGCAGCAGCAGCAGCAGCAGCAGCAGCAGCAGACGCCGUCAAGGGCAGCAGUGCAGAGAAAGGCCCUGCCGAGGAGGCAGCGGGGCAGCAGCAAGGAGACACAAGUGCUGCAGCAGCAGCAGCAGCAGCAGCUGCUGCUGCUGCUGCUGUGCACCACCCAAACAAAAAGGAGACAGUCUCUGUUUGUGUCGACUUUGCGGAAAGACAGGUCCGCUGCAGCGACGCUGCAGUGCAGCAGCAAGUUCGAAACUUAGUUGCUGCUGUCGAGAGGGGAUUCAUGCCGGUGCUGCUGCCUUGGUAA